ACAAGAGCUAAAGGAGAAAUUUGUGGAAAAAUGAGUAAAGAUCUCAAAAUUGACAUCAUACUGAUUCAAGAAACACAUGUAGCAGCGAAUAUGGAUAACAAGCUGAAGAUUCCAGGCUAUACACUUGUUAACAGUUUAAAUCAUGAUAAGCAUGGAAUUGCCACAUUUGUUACAUCGAAUAGUAUACGGAGGGCUGAGUAUAUUCAAUGUGUACAAACCCCCUGGGGAAGAAUGGGAGAACCCUGCCCUCCCUCAUGCUGCACAUCCGUGCAUUUAUGCUGGCGAUUUCAACUCUCAUAGCCCUCUGUGGGGCUACAGAACUGAAAACAGGGAUGGUGAGAGUCUGAUUCGAUGGGCUGAAGUAAAUGAUUGUCACUUGGAAUAUGAUGCUAAACAAGGCAGCACUUUUCAUUCUGCCAGAUGGGGAACUUCUACCACUCCAGAUCUGUGCUUUGUGUCAUGUAAUAGGGAAGGUAGACCUUUGCAUGUGACAAGAUCAGUUGAAUCAAGAUUCCCUAGAAGUCAACAUAGCAUGGUGGUUUUAGAGAUUGGCAUGAGGUUGCCAUGUGUUCAAAAUCCUGAACUUCCAAGGUGGAAUCUCCGUAAGGCAGUUUGGGCAAAGUUUACUGAAGAAGUUGAAAAAACAGUUUCCAGAAUCCCUAUCAACAUACCAAACUAUGGAAGGUUCAGCAGACUGCUUUUCAUGGCUGCAAAGAGAUCUAUCCCAAGAGGCCAUAGAAAGAAUUAUGUCCCAUGUUGGAAUGCAGAAUGUGAUGGUUUACUGGCUGAAUAUAAAGUUUCACCAACUGAUGAGCUUGCCAAUAGCCUGAUAAAAAAUUUGGAUGAAGGAAGACGCAAUCGUUGGAUGGAAGCCAUGCAGAGUCUGGAUUUCACUCACUCCAGCAGAAAAUCAUGGAGUUUACUCCGAAAGCUGAGUGGGAACACAAGAUCCAUAAAAAGAGCGGAUGUGACUCCUGAUCAAAUAGCUGACAUCUUCCAGGAAAAUGGUGAUAUAGAUGUGCCCCCAAAGCUGAAAGCUCAAAUGAAGCGGAAACUACAGAAGGAGCUGAAAAACUGCAUGCAACAAUCCUUUUUGGCUGAGUUGGUAAGUUCUGAAGAGAUUAUAGCUGCCAUAAAAAGAUGAAAGGCAAUAGAGCACCAGGAGUUGAUGGAGUUCUGCCUGAGUUUAUCAAGAAUUUGGGACCAAAAGCUAUAAUGUGGCUCUCAAAGUAUUUUUCUGAAGUAAUGGCUAGAGCUGAGCUCCCCAAAUCCUGGAAACAAACAAAGGUCGUAGCAGUAUUGAAGCCAGGAAAA